AUGUUUGACGACUAUGUAGAGCAUGCAGCGGCACCAACGGCUGUCCCACUACCUGCCCUUCAAUAUCAAGGAUUCGAGCCUCCUUCAACAGAAGUGGACGACAUAUUACCAGAGACUGUGGAAGCCGCCAACGCGAUUACAACACCACUUAUCGACUUGUGCAGAGUCCAAUAUGUCUUUCCUGCUCCGUUAGUUGCAUUCGUCGUCUGUUCAGACAUGCUCGCAAUGGCGCUCUCUACCAAUGUCAUUGUUCUAAUAGAACUCUCCCGCUCCGACCAAGUCAUUCAAAUUCCGAUACCCCGCAAACCUACUGAAAUGACCAUCUACAAACUAUUCAUGGAUCCUUCAGGUCGCCAUAUUAUCAUUACUUCGACGCAAGGCGAGAACUGGUACUUGUACCGCGGUUGGAAGAAGCCCAAGCAGCUAAAGUCAUUCCGCAUGGUCAUCGAAUGUAUCGCGUGGAACAGAGCUGCUUUGCUAUCCGCCUCUUAUGCAAAGUCUACUCGAGAGAUGUUGAUCGGAAGCCAGAAUGGUGUCUUGUUCGAAGGCCUCAUCGAUGCGGAGGAAAACCUUUUCCAGUCACCCGACAGGUAUCUGCAACAAGUUCAUGCCUUACGCGACCGUAUAACUGGUGUCAAGUUUGACUUCUUCCCUGCCUCCGAUCCGCGUCGAGUGCUCGUCAUCUUAAGCACAGAUACGCGUCUUUACCAGUACUCUGGUCUUCCAGAUAGACGUUCUGAAGACGGAAGUCGUGUUUUCACUGGUCUUUUCGCCAAUACACAACCACAAAUACUCGAACUACCUGGGGACAAGCGGUCAGAACUGCAUUAUUUCUCCCUCAAUGCAGACCAAGCACUGUCAUUACCUCAGAACAUGGCUUGGUUGACGUCGCACGGCGUUUAUCAUGGUGUUCUCAACUUUGACACCCCAUCGGAUAACUUUAUCGACGGUGGUGAUCUCCUCCCAUACCCUACUGCCUUUGAAUCAUCAACGCCGGAGCAAGCCCCUUCCUCGAUGGCUCUGACCGAGUUCCACUUCCUCCUCUUGUACAAAGACCGUGUAGUCGGCAUCUGCAAUCUCGAUCAGAAACAGACGUAUGAAGAGGCUCUCCCUCUCAAACAAAACGAAGUCGUCAAAGGCCUUGCUGCUGAUCCAGUGCGCAAAACCUUUUGGGUUUUCACAGAUCAAUCUCUCUUCGAACUCGUUGCGGACAAUGAGGACAGGGACGUCUGGAAGAUUUAUCUGCAGCAAGGCAAGUUCGAUGUUGCAUUGCGGUAUGCCAAGACAGCAAGCCAGCGUGAUCAUGUACUCUCUGCCCAAGCCAGUGCAUUUUUCAAGGAGGGACGGUACUUCCAAGCGGCCCAAUGUUACUCCCAAUGUUCUGUUCAAUUCGAGGAGGUGGCCCUCAAGUUUUUGGACGUUGGAGAACGUGAUUCUCUAAGGUCUUACCUCAUUUCUCGGUUGGAGCGAACUCGAAAAUCUGAUAUCACGCAACGUAUGAUGCUUGCGACAUGGCUCGUCGAGUUUUACCUCAGCAAAAUCAACGAGUUGGACGAUAUUGUGGCCUCGGAAUCCAUUUCUCAUGAUGUCAACAAUUUUCUGGCCGAAAGAACCAUUCUUGAAGAGGAUCUUCGACAGUUUUUCGAGACGUAUAAGAGCAACUUGGAGCCAAACACUGUCUACGAACUACUCCAGGCUCACGGUCGCGUCGACAUGUACUUGCAUUAUGCCACUGUGAUUGGUGAUUCCCAGCGCGUUAUCGACCAUUGGAUAUUGGAGGAAGAAUGGACGAAGGCUAUCGAUGUCAUCAACAGACAGUCAGACUUCGAACUUUAUUACCGGUUCGGUCCAGUAUUGAUGCGACACGUCCCCAAAGAGACUGUCGAUUCCUGGAUAAAGCAAUCUGCGCUCGAUCCUCUUCGUCUUGUCCCUUCAUUGUUGCAGCUACAACAUGCCCCUCGAGACCCUUUAUCACCAAACCAAGCUGUUCGAUAUCUGAACCACGUCAUUUUUGAGCAAUACAACACUAAUCCGAUUAUUCAUAACCUACUCAUCACCUUCUACGUCUCCCCUUCAGCCCACCCGUUGCCAAGCUCGCCGACACGAACACCAGAAGACGAUGCUCCCCUCCUCCGGUUCCUAGCGGCUGCGCCUGCUGAUCCUUUGACCGACAAGCCGUACUACGAUCUUGACUAUGCUCUUCGCCUCUGUAAACAAGCUGGUAGAACACAACCCUGUGUUCAUAUCUACUCGAAAAUGGGUUUAUGGGAGAACAGCGUCGACUUGGCAUUGGAGAAGGGCGACAUCGAGCUUGCAAAACUCAAUGCCGACAAGCCUGAGGACGACCAACCGCUUCGCAAGAAAUUGUGGUUGAAAAUCGCUCGUUAUGUUGUACAGGACAAGAAAGAUAUCAAGACGGCGAUGCUCUUUUUGGAGAAUACCGACUUGCUCAAGAUCGAGGACGUGUUGCCAUUCUUCCCCGAUUUUGUGGUCAUCGAUGACUUCAAAGAGGAGAUCACAAAUGCAUUAGAGGGUUAUUCUAAUCAGAUCAACGAACUGAAGAGUAAGAUGGAUGAAGCUACUCGGACUGCCGACUCGAUCAAGCAAGACAUUGGCGCUCUCAAGAAUCGGUUUGUGACCGUGAGCGCCGGUGAACAAUGCUCGGUCUGUUCCCAUAUACUGUUGACCAGACAAUUCUACGUCUUCCCUUGCCGACACACAUUCCACGCAGAUUGUCUGAUUGGUUUGGCAAAAGAGUAUCUACCACAACACUCGUUGCGCAAGAUUCUUGCCUUGCAAAAUGAACUGGUCAAGGGCACGCCUCCUCCGCCAUCCACGAAUGGCGGUCCUGCACCGCCCAGACAACCAGUCUCACAACGAACACUACUGUCUGCCAAUUUCGUAGUCAAUCCGUUGCAAACGGGAACCCGUGCAAUUGGCCGAAAUCUACUUUCAGCUGGAGACAAACUUAGGGAUCUUAUUGUUCCUGAUGCCUUGGCCGCUGCAGUUUCAGCCCCAACAUGGAUGGGUGGUGGAAAGAAGGGCGGAGAAUCCGAUGGGAACAAAAAGGCAAAGACCGAGCGAUUGCGAGCUGAAUUGGAAGAAUUGCUGGCAAGCAGUUGUCCCCUUUGCGAGAGUAUCGUUGCUGGAUUGGACAAGCCAUUCGUCAGGGAAGGCGAAAUAGUGGAUACAAGUUGGGCGCUAUGA